CACCACGUCGCCGCUGAUCGGAACCGCCGUCAACCGCCUCCGCGGCGCUGUUGCCGCCGCCGCCGCCGUGGGGGAGCGGGGCUUUUCUUGGCGGUUGCAUGUAUGCGGGAGGGGAGAACCAAUGGGGGAGUGGAUGGAGAGGGAGAGGGAGGGGGAGGGGUGGUUCGGCGGCGGAGGCAGCCAGCGGCGCAGCCGUCGACCUCCGGGUCGGCCGCGUCGUCGUCCUCCGGUAGGAGAGCGGAGGAGGAGGGCGGAGGCGGAGGCGGUAGCAGGAAGCAGGGGAGGCGCAAGAACCAGCGGCCGCGGGAGGGGGUCGCGAGGGCGAUCCGGGAGCGGCUGCCCGCGGCGGGGGCCUGCUGGGGCAACGGAGCGGUGGUUGAGGGGAUCGGGGGGAGCAGGGGCAGGAGCCGGAGGGAGAGACCCGGCGAUGACCGCGGAGGCGGCGAGGACGAUCCGGGCGCAGCCACCGCCGCCGCCGCCGCGAGGGCUCCCGCGGCGGCGUGGUGCUGCGUCUGCCACUGCCCGGACGAGGAGUGCCGGCUGGAGGCGAACCCUAGCGCCAACGGCAAGGAGGACCCGGGGCUCCGCUCCCUGCUCGAGCAGAACGACUUCUUCUCCGACGACUGCAACCCGCACGCCGCCUCCGCCGCCUUCCCUGUGCCCGGCGACAGCUCCGAUUAGGUGCCAUUGAUCCGUCUAUCCAUCACCACCAAACAUUUCUGUACACAAAUUCCACACAACAACAAAGAGGAUUUUUCUUUUCUUUUCUUUUCCAUUCGAAGAUGUGAGGUGUGCGAUUGCGUUCUUGAUCCUUCCCUCCGAUUGCGUUGUUGAUUGAUUCCUUGCUCCGGUUCUUCUUCUCCGUGUACUUUUUCUCUGUCACCAUCCUCUGUACAUAUGUACUGUGAUGACAGGAGUGGACAUGGGGUGGAAUGAAAUCAAUGGAUGGGCAUUUCUUUGGUUUUGUUCUGUAGCUAUUGGUGACUGUGCAUUGAUUGCCUUGGACAUCAGAUGGAUGAGGAUGCAGAAGAAAGCCACACCAACAAGUACACUGCACACAGACUUUCUUGAACUCAGCUGUGUUGCGGAUCUCCAGUCCAGCUGUGUUGGUACCUGCCAUUGGAGGGGCUCACAGACUCGAAGGAGGUCAGAGCUCACAAUCAACUACCGUCGUCUAAGGCUGGAUAACGAGCUGGAUUAGCUUAGUCUAGCUCAUUAAGAUAACGAGCUGGCUCGACUCGUUAUCUCGUUAUCGUAACAAGCUAAAAACCCAACUCGGC